AUGAGCAGGUCCGCGGCGUUCCUGCUCUGCUUGCUGGGCUGCAACGUCUGGAAGGCAGUGACCAAAACGCUGCGGGAGCCCAGCGCUGGAGCCCAAGAAGUUACACUGAAGGUCCACAUCAGUGAUGCCAGCACCCAUCAGCCGAUUACAGAUGCGCUCAUUGAGGUUUUCACCAACCAGGUCUCCAUCGCCUCUGGCACCUCAGGGACAGACGGCGUUGCCUUCAUCAAAUUCCAGUACAAACUGGGCAGUCAGCUGAUCGUCACCGCCACGAAGCAUGCCUACGUGCCAAACUCUGCCCCAUGGAAGCCAAUCCGAUUACCUGUAUUUUCUUCUCUGAGCCUUGGCCUGCUGCCGGAACGAUCUGCUACUCUAAUGGUAUAUGAAGAUGUUGUCCAAAUAGUAUCAGGAUUCCAAGGUGCCCGGCCACAGCCUCGCGUUCAUUUCCAGAGAAGAGCUCUGAGAUUGCCUGAGAACACCAGCUACAGUGAUCUGACUGCGUUCCUCACCGCUGCCAGCGCCCCCUCAGAAGUGGACAGUUUUCCUUAUUUGCGAGGAUUAGAUGGCAAUGGAACAGGAAACAGCACAAGGUAUGACCUGACCCCGGUCACAGCCGUCAGUGUCCACUUGCUCAGCAGUGAUGGGACGCCGGUGCUGGUGGAUGGGCCCAUCUACGUCACUGUGCCACUGUCCACACAGAGCAGUCUGAGGCACAAUGCCUACAUCGCAGCAUGGCGGUUUGACCAGAAACUGGGAACGUGGCUGAAGAGUGGUCUGGGGCUUGUGCACCAGGAGGGCAGCCAGCUGACGUGGACCUACAUUGCCCCACAGUUGGGGUACUGGGUGGCAGCCAUGUCUCCUCCCAGACCAGGUCCCGUUGUAACACAGGACAUUACCACGUAUCACACGGUGUUUCUUUUGGCCAUUUUAGGAGGAAUGGCUUUCAUACUUUUGGUUUUGCUGUGUCUCCUUUUAUAUUAUUGCAGGAGGAAGUGUUUAAAACCUCGCCAGCACCAUAGAAAACUGCAACUUCCUACAGCCCUAGAGAGCUCCAAGAGAGACCAGUCAACUUCCAUGUCACACAUAAACUUGCUGUUUUCUCGUCGGGAGUCUGAAUUCCCUGGUCCGCUGUCUGUCACUGGCCACAGCCGCCCAGAUGCACCAGGCUCAAAGGAGCUGAUGAGUGGAGUCCAUUUGGAAAUGAUGUCUUCCAGUGGAGAAGUGGAUCUGCACACUCCCAUGCUAAAGCUUUCCUACAGUACCUCACAAGAAUUUAGCUCCCGAGAGGAACUUCUCUCUCAUAAGGAAGAGGAUAAAAGCCAAAUCUCCUUUGAUAACCUGACACCGAGUGGGACAUUGGGAAAAGAUUACCAUAAGUCUGUGGAGAUUUUUCCCUUAAAAUCAAGAAAAUCUAUGGAAAGAGAUGGCUAUGAGUCCCCUGGCAAUGAUGACUAUAGGAGGAGUUACAAUGCUAUGCUCUCACAGCCUUUAUUUGAAAAGCAAGACAGAGAAGGUCAAACAUCCAUUAACCAUAUCUCCACAGGAAGUAAACUCACCAUUCAGGAACACAUGUACCCUGCGCCUUCUUCUCCUGAAAAAGAACAACUGCUGGACCGCAGGCCUACUGAAUGUAUGAUGUCGCGGUCAGUAGAUCACCUUGAAAGACCAACAUCUUUUCCACGGCCAGGCCAGUUGAUCUGCUGUAGUUCUGUUGACCAGGUCAAUGACAGCGUUUACAGAAAAGUAUUACCUGCCUUGGUCAUCCCCGCUCAUUAUAUGAAAUUGCCAGGGGACCAUUCCUAUGUCAGCCAGCCUUUGGUUGUCCCAGCUGACCAGCAACUUGAAAUAGAAAGACUUCAGGCUGAGCUUUCCAAUCCUCAUGCAGGGAUCUUCCCACACCCUUCAUCUCAGAUACAGGCCCAGCCAUUAUCCUCCCAAGCGAUAUCUCAGCAACACUUACAAGAUGCAGGUGCCCGAGAGUGGAGUCCCCAGAACGCAUCCAUGUCAGAGUCUCUCUCCAUCCCAGCAUCACUCAAUGAUGCAGCUUUAGCUCAGAUGAACAGUGAGGUUCAGCUUCUGACAGAAAAGGCUCUGAUGGAACUUGGAGGUGGGAAGCCACUUCCACAUCCCCGGGCAUGGUUUGUCUCUCUGGAUGGAAGGUCCAAUGCUCACGUUAGACAUUCAUACAUUGAUCUCCAAAGAGCUGGAAGGAAUGGGAGUAAUGAUGCCAGUUUAGAUUCUGGCGUGGAUAUGAAUGAACCAAAAUCUGCCCGGAAGGGAAGAGGAGACCCUCUGUCUCUUCAGCAGAACCACCCACCUGUCCAGGAGCACCAACAAAAAGAACCGAGAGCCCCAGACAGCACCACCUACACAAAGCUUGUGUAUCUGGAUGACAUGGACCAAAGCAACAGUGAGUGUGGGACCACCGUCUGUACCCCCGAGGACAGUGCCCUGCGAUGCCUGUUGGAUGGCUCUAGUCGGAGAAGUGGCCAGUUGCCCAGCCUGCAGGAAGAGACAACCAAACGAACUGCAGAAGUCCCACUGGAACCAUCAGCCAGUCCUGAACACAGAAGAUCCACUCAUGUGGAAGAAGAAGAGGAAGAUGAUGAUGACGACCAAGGUGAAGACAAGAAAAGCCCCUGGCAGAAACGAGAGGAAAGACCCCUGAUGGCAUUUAACAUUAAAUGAGCUAUACCAGAACCACCAACUGUGGAAUAUAAAAUUGCCAAAUAUUCUU